CUUUUAGGCAUAUCUUUUUACGCACAUAAUUCUUUCCAGUGAAAAAUUGAAGACAAUGACAAAGACUAUUCGUUUAUCCUUUAUGUCCUCUGGAUAUGGCAUUGCAAGAACUUCAGAGCCAUCAUAAUUCACAAACAUCACAUUCGGUAAACGAAAUAUCAAGCACGGUGCUGUUUUGCAAAUUGAUUGUUCUUUCAUCUCACCUUACUCAGGACGAUCAUUAGAAUGAAUCCUUCUCGUUGAGUUUUCUCUACCUGUCUCUCCAGAGUUACGCUUUCCUAUCGACUUCGCGACUUUGCUUCUUACACACACCACCAAAGGCAGGUUAUCAUGAUUGGAAUCGCAUAUCGGUCGUUUUCAAGGCCGCUUUUUUCAUCUCGUUUUGUUCACCAGAGAAUUAAUGGACGAUACUUCAAUGUUUUUGCUCUUUUGGAAUACCAACAAGGAAAGCCUGAACCAGCUUCGCUCUCCGCAAUCGAAGCUGCUAAACGCACUGGAGGAGAUGUAUUUGCCUUUGUUAUGGGUCCCAAUGCGUCUCAAGUCGCUCAACAAGCCUCCAAGUCCGUGGAUGGAUUAAAGAAGGUGAUUCAUGUGGAAAACAACGCCUAUGAGCGUUAUUUACCGGAUCAGGUGGCGAAAGUUAUGUACGAAAAUGCAAAAAAAUCAGGUGCAUCUCAUAUCUUUAGCGCUCACAGUACUGUUGGAAAAGGAGUUAUGCCUCGACUAGCUGCCAUGUUGGAUGUAAUGCAAAUUAGCGAUGUGAUCGGUGUCGUCGACGAAGAUACUUUCGUUCGUCCUACCUAUGCUGGAAAUGUAAACGUGCAGGUUACCACUAAGGACCCUGUCAAGCUCGUUACAGUACGUGCAUCUGCUUUUGAUCCCGCUCCAGCAAUUGAGAAUGGCUCCGCUGCUAUCGAGGCUGGUGUGGACCCUCAACCUGCUGCUUUACAAUCUUGGGUAAGCGAAAACAUUGUUAAAAGUGAACGUCCUGACCUCGGCUCUGCUGAACGCGUCGUUGCUGGUGGCCGUCCCUUGAAAGAUAAAGCUACCUUUGAAAAGACCUUAAUUCCUCUAGCUGACAAAUUGGGAGCUGCUAUUGGUGCUACUCGUGUUGCCGUUGACUCUGGGUAUGCUGAUAACUCUUUGCAAAUCGGACAAACCGGAAAAAUCAUUGCUCCCAAACUGUACAUUGCUGUUGGCGUCGAUGGUGCCAUCCAGCAUACAGCAGGUAUUAAAGACAGCAAAUUCAUCGCUUCUAUUAACCGUGAUGAAAACUCUCCUAUCUUCCAGCAUUCUGAUGUAGGCUUGGUUGCUGACUUGUAUGAAGCUGUACCCGAGCUUAUUGAGAAGCUAUAAUCAUAUUAUGUUAUUAUUUUACAAUGGCUAUUUUUUUGUACCUAUAUCUAAGUAAAUUAUAUUAGGACCUUCUGUUCUUUUCGUAAUUUAUUUAACGUCCAAGUGUUAUCCUUCUGUUUUUACGCCCUCUUCCUUUUCUAAUACAAUAAACUGAGUUUGAAAUAUAAUAAGAGGAAAUCAAUUUUAGUAUACCUUCCUAUAUGAAACACAUACGGAUCGUCUAUUUAUAAAUUGCAUAAAGCACUAUAGAGGGUCAAAAGACCACAGUGAAAUUCUUGGAAUUCACCCUCUUCAGAUUUUUCCUUUUGGUUAUCUUUUAAUCAGAAAUCAAAAAUCAAAUGAUGGAAGCACCCCAACUUGUAACUUUGUAUUAUCAAGGUAAAAGAACUUUCUCAUGAACAUUGCACAAAGUACUGCACCAUAGUAAGCACAGGCAAAUGAGAUUAAAUAAACAAAAAGUAAUACUUAGAAUUAAACAUCUACCUUUUAGGAUAAUCUUAGAAUCCGCGAGCAGCACCCCGGCCUCUACCACGACCACGACCACGGCCUCUUCCACGGCCACGAACAGCUUCCUUUUUCUUUUGUUUAGGUUUCGUACUAUCAUCAAUUAAAAGGGUAUCCAAAGGUAAUGAAUCUGGGAGGAUGUAGUAGCGAAUGUUAUUACCACGAAUGGACAGUGUUUCCAAAGGGACUGGUUCGCGUCCUUUCACGGUCAUUUUGACAGCUUUUAAAUGCGUGUUCAUCUGCAUGUCUACAGCGGUAAUUGUUCCAUGAAGGAUAGUUCCUAUUUUCAGAUGCAUUAGCCCAUAUUCUCACUCCUAUGAAAAAGUGGUUGUGCGUACCAUUUUUAAGCUCUAUGGAAACCGUUUCAUUUGUUAAUUUCAUUAAAAAUCUAUUCCAUUAGUCUAGAAAACUUGAUUUUCGCACAUACCGAACCAAUUUCAUAUUGAAAUUAUAUACAGGUGUUGUCGGUUCGUAUGUAGGAGAGUUUGACAAUGCAUGCAUCUGCGCAAUGACAAAAAAUUAUAUACAUACGUACCAUUAAAUUUUAA